GCAGGCGCGCUCCGCUUUCUCACAUUGGCCAGCGCGCAGGCACCUUCGCAACGCGGUGGUCAGCUCUGAAAACCCUGGGCAGCUGCGGGCAGCUUCUGCUUCCGGGUCACGCCUUGACAGCGGCCUCCCGGACCGAGCUCUGCCCCGCGGUUCGGCAGUCCGGAGCAUGUGGAAGCACUCUGAGCCUUGAUGAGUUCCAGUAUGUGGUAUAUUAUGCAGAGCAUUCAGAGCAAAUACUCCCUCUCAGAACGCCUGAUCCGAACAAUCGCUGCCAUUCGCUCCUUCCCACAUGACAACGUAGAGGACCUCAUUAGAGGGGGAGCAGACGUGAACUGCACCCAUGGCACACUGAAGCCCCUGCACUGUGCCUGCAUGGUGUCGGAUGCUGACUGUGUGGAGUUACUCCUGGAAAAGGGAGCAGAGGUCAAUGCCCUGGAUGGUUACAACCGAACAGCCCUCCACUAUGCUGCAGAGAAAGAUGAGGCUUGUGUGGAGGUCCUCUUGGAAUACGGUGCAAACCCCAAUGCACUGGAUGGCAACAGAGACACCCCGCUUCACUGGGCAGCCUUUAAGAACAAUGCUGACUGUGUGCGGGCUCUCCUAGAGAGUGGGGCCUCUGUCAAUGCCUUGGAUUACAACAAUGACACACCACUCAGCUGGGCUGCCAUGAAGGGAAAUCUUGAGAGUGUCAGCAUCCUUCUUGAUUAUGGCGCUGAGGUCAGAGUCAUCAACUUAAAAGGCCAGACACCCAUCUCCCGCUUGGUGGCUCUGCUGGUUAGAGGACUUGGAGCAGAGAAAGAAGACUCCUGCUUCGAGCUCCUUCAUAGAGCUGUUGGACACUUUGAGUUAAGGAAAAAUGGCACCAUGCCAAGAGAAGUGACCAAAGACCAGCAGCUGUGUGAAAAACUGACUCUGUUGUGCUCAGCACCAGGAACUCUUAAGACCCUUGCCCGCUAUGCUGUACGCCAUAGCCUGGGUUUCCAGUACCUGCCCAAUGCGGUGAAGGGUCUUCCACUGCCAGCUUCUUUGAAGGAAUACUUGUUACUCUUAGAAUAGCCUGGAGGAGACAUGUCUGCCAUCGUGCAGACAACUCUGGGUGAGGUUUUCUUUACACUACUAUCCUUUGUCAUGGAACACAGAACAGAACUUGUUCCUGCUGUGUGGUUUAUAGAUUUUUGAGGCAGCACAUCACAGCAGUAAUGUGUGCACCAUCUCCCCUCCCCAAACCAAACCAAAAAUGAGAAACUCCCUGCACUUCUGUUGACUGUUUUAUUGCUUACUUGCCUUUUGAUAGUGAACCCUACAAAAGUUCUUCCCCAGUCCCUGUAGGACACUUUGGAGUCAACAGUAUAACUACUUUUCCCUAGGAAGAUAUAAAGUGCUCAGAGUAUAUGGUUUUCCUUUAGAGCCAUGGAUAAGCAUUGUGAAUGAAUUUCUCCUAAACAUUUUUAGUUGAUCUAAAGUUCAAGUAAAAUCACAAUUCCAGUGAACAAAAAUUAUGUUCAAAGGAUGAAUACUUGAACUUCAGAUAGGGUGUAGAAUCAGAAUUGGGCAUUCAGAGGGGACUGGCUCCUUUCUCCUUAUCAAAAGAAAUAACCUUUUUCACCUUUUUCUAUAGUUUGCCCAAGGGCUAGUCAUCCAGCAGUGUAAUUUCACAGAAGUAUCUUGCUGCUCCCCACAAGAAGACUCAGCAGUCCUAAGCUUGCCAGACCAUUGUCUAUUGUGGCUCUCCCUGAAACUCCUCUACACUAAGGGGCCGAGCAUGAGUUUUCCUGCACCUUAGAUGAACAUGGUUCUUUAGCAAGGCAAGGUGGGGAACUGCCUUCUCCAUGGAGCUUCAUUCCCUAAGAGUUUGAAGAUGGUUUCUUUCUACCCUCGUGGAACUUUUGCUUUUUAUUGAGCUAUAGAAAAUGGUAGGGAAAGUGGAGCUGGAAACAGAAUGUGAAAGGGCUUCUUUGGAGUUGGACUGCCUACCCAAAAAGGGCCUGUUUCAGUGAACACUAGUUUUCCUUUUCAUGUUCUUAAACUAAAUGAAGUUGAUACUGACCUUAAGUUAUCUGUAUGCAAGUUUGGAAAGCACUUUUUAAAAAGCUGGCUGUCACUACACCCAAAUGAAUAGGGCCAUCUGGCACAGCUAACACUAAAAAGUAUGCCUGCUUUUGUCCUUCACUGUUGCCGGGGUUUGCCCAUUUGAAAAAAGAAUAAAUAAAUCCAAAAGCAAAUUUGGC